UCUGCACAAGCGCAGAGAAUCAUUGGGAUUUCCUUGUUGUCAAAACACAGAAUGGAUGCUGUGAUUUUAGCUAACGUUAGCUAGCUAAAUCACUUCAAAGUUACGUAGAUACCCAGUUUAUUGCUAUAAUAAUUGUAAUCUCUCUAUUUGUCCAACUCUGUCAGCUUUUAAACCAAGGUACUUAUUUUAUUGCAUCAAGCUAACGUUAGCUAGGUAACUUUGGAUGCGAUGUUUACGAAGAUGCUUCCAUAGAUAGAACAAUGAGCAAAUAUUUGAUGCUUCCCGCUAGUAGUUAGCCAGCUCAUCUUCUAGCUAUUUUACGUUUCAUUUUCUGCUAUUGCAGGUUUUUGCGUUAUCGAAAUGGGGAAAGGUUGCAAAGUUGUGGUGUGUGGUUUGGCAUCUGUAGGAAAAACAGCCAUCCUUGAACAGCUGUUGUAUGGCAAUCACGCUGUUGGUUCAGAGUCCACUGAGACCCAGGAGGAUGUGUAUGUGGCAUCGGUGGAAACGGAUCGUGGUGUAAAGGAACAGUUACGUCUCUAUGACACCAGGGGGCUCCACGACGGCCUGGACCUUCCCAAGCACUACUACUCUGUGGCAGACGGCUUUGUGCUGGUCUACAGUGUGGACAGCCUGGAGUCCUUUAAGAGGGUGGACGUCCUCAAGAAGGAAAUAGACAAGUCCAGAGACAAGAAAGAGGUGAUGGUGAUCGUGCUAGGGAACAAGACAGACCUGCGUGAGCGUCGUCAGGUGGAGCAGGAGGCAGCGCAGCAGUGGGCACGGGGGGAGAAGGUCAAGCUCUGGGAGGUCAGCGUCACUGAGAGGAACUCUCUCAUCGAACCCUUCACCAUGCUUACCAGCCGCCUCACACAGCCUCAGAGCAAGUCUGCCUUCCCUCUUCCAGGACGCAAGAGCAAGGGCACGGCGUCCAACGACAUAUGAACUGAACUCAACCUCAAGAGCACCUAAGUUCCAAGUACUUAAGGGGGGAGAUGUUACAGAGUAGGGUUGAUGAGUUAGCCAGCCAACUUCAAUUAAUAUUCUGACUUCAUAUCACCAUGACUCUACAUUCCAUAGACAACCAACAACCCAUAUUAAGAGCUUUUUAUUUGAUUUUUUAUUGACUAGCAAAUCAAGAGAUGUAUCUUAAUGUUUAUCAAAGUGAGCUGGCUAAAUGAGUGAGCCUGCUUUUUGGUGUCAUCAUACACCCCUCUGGUUUCAGUGUGUCCCAUCCUAUGGGAUGACUAUAGUAGCCGCUGUACAGCAAGGUCUAGGCCCAUCUAAUGCGCCUUUAGAGUGAGGCAUAUUACCUAGUGUGUGGCCUACUACCAUAUAGUGUACGGCAUAUUACUAGAUACUACCUAGUGUAUGGCCUACUACCAUCUAGUGUACGGCAUAUUACUAGAUACUACCUAGUGUAUAGCCUACUACCAUCUAGUGUACAGCAUAUUACUAGAUACUACCUAGUGUAUGGCCUACUACCAUCUAGUGUACGGCAUAUUACUAGAUACUACCUAGUAUAUGGCCUACUACCAUCUAGUGUAUGGCAUAUUACUAGAUACUACCUAGUGUAUGGCCUACUACCAUCUAGUGUACGGCAUAUUACUAGAUACUACCUAGUAUAUGGCCUACUACCAUCUAGUGUACGGCAUAUUACUAGAUACUACCUAGUGUAUGGCCUACUACCAUCUAGUGUAUGGCCCGGUAGCAAUAAAAAAAACAAUGGUACGACCUUGAUCAGGUAUGUUGCUCAUGUCUGAUUAUUAAAUGUCUGUAAAUGGUUGUUUUUGUGUAUUUGUUAAUACAAAAGCUGUGUAGUUUAUUAGCUUUGUACAUGUUUUAUUUACCUAAUUUAUUUGUCACUUUACUAAAAACUUCAUUCCUAGCGGGUAGGAAUGGGAUGAAAUGUGGCUUCUGUCUCUCCUGAAGUGUACACUCGUUCGGUACUACAAACGUAGAAGCAUUGGAUUGGUGGAGGCAUGGGCCAGGACAUUCCACCAUAUUUCUGAAAGUAAUUUUCUGUGAAUACUGAGGAUGGAGGGAUAAUUUUAACAUUGCCUGUGUCCUUCAUGUCUUGUGUGAGACCUAGCUAAAUAAAUGUCAUAUUUUAUGCUGCUA